CUCUGUUUCUGUCCAGGAAACUUCUACGGAGCCAUGGAUCCGGACACCUAUCUCAUCCCUUCGUCUCCCUCCAACGACUCUGUUUCCUCCUCCGAUCUCGACACCGAGUCAACGGCGUCCUUCUUCCCCGACCGGAGCACGACGCUGGGGAGCCUGAUGGGCGUCACCUACGCCGAGGCCGCUGCCCACUCGAUGAGGCUUCCGUCGUGGCGGGAGCACGGUGGCGGCGGAGGAACCUCCGCCGGGGACGCGGAGAGGAGGCCGAAGCCGAGGGCAGCGGAGAAGCGGCGGCGGCGCGUCCGCUGGGGGAGGAGGCGCUUGUGGCGGCUGUGCGGGAACGACAUGGCGGGGCCGACCUCUCUGGGAGAGUUCCUCCAAAGGGAGCGGCGGCUGGCCGGAGGUAGCGACGGGGCGGAGGGGAUCUACGACUUCGGCGGCCCCGCGGAGCACGUGGCAGUGGGCGGCGAGGCUCUGUUCGCGGACGGGAGGGUGCUACCGCCUGCUCCGGCUGCGGAGCGGCGACGGCGGCGUGUGGAGUAUUUGCGACGGCUCCGAUGCUGCUGCUCACCGGGAUCUGUGGCGGGAGGGAGUGGUAGAAUCGUGAUUUCGAGCUUCGUCCAGAUGGAAGGAAAAAGAAACGAUAAGAACAAUGUCUCCUUCAAGUUCCACACUCUGUUCUUUUCUUUAAUUUCCGCAAAAAGAUUUCUUUCCUAAGACCUUUUGGUUAUGAUGCAACAAGGGAGAAAGAAUCCAAAGGGGAAAUGAUGGAUUGCAUGAAGGAUCAGUGAGUAAAGAUAAGACAAGUGAGAGGAGUUCCCUCUGUGAUCCAUGGAUUACGUCUCGAUCUUACCAACAAAGAAACGUUGACGUCCUCUCUA